GGAGAAUCUGGCAACGCUUUGUGAAGUUUGGAUGAGUGAUUAGACUAUCAGAACUUGUUUUCCAGUGUGCCAGGAACGACUGCCAUGGGAAGUGUAUUUCUAUCUGCAAAUGACGCAAAUACAGUACUGAGAAGGAACCCAAGAGCAAACUAUGCAUUUGAAGAAAUUAAACAAGGGAAUAUUGAGAGGGAAUGCAUGGAAGAACUGUGUACUUAUGAGGAAGCAAGAGAAGCUUUUGAAAAUAAUGAAAAAACUAAAGAAUUCUGGAAAGAUUAUGAAAAAGGACUCAAAGGGAAUAGUUCAGAGACAGAUGGCCAUUUUUAUACCAUGUAUCUGCUGGCACCACUGUUGACAAGUUUUGUUUUAAUCAUCUUAAUUUUAUUUCUAAUCUGGAGGUGUCACUUUCAGAAGGGAACUCUCAGGCGAGCUGCAUACAGCUCGCAAGUACAACGUGUUGGCUCAAAUCAGAAUACGUCUGUCGUGAUUGAUCACAGUCAGUCAAAUGUUCGGCAGUCUGGUGUUGCAUUUUCCAGAAAUGACCUCUGUGGCAGCGCAGGACUUGUUGUGAGUUUGCCAUUAAAUGUACGUGGACAUUCAGAUUCCGAAUCAACAAGAUUGUCAAAUGGUGAUCCACCUCCAUCCUAUGAAGAAGCUACUGGGCACAGUGUUGCUUGUAGAAGUGGUACCAUGGAUCCUCAGCAACACACAGAUCUGCCUCCACAGUAUGAAGAAAUUAUGAUCUCUCCCUUGCAGAACAGUGAAGGAUCUGCAGCAGCUUCUCACACAGUUGCUGGGGUCAAAUUAAGUUAAAAUAUUCAUUAAUUUGUCUCUGAUAUAAUCACUAAUAUAAACAUUUGUUUUAAUUUAGCACUUUAUUGCCACUUAGAGCCAAACACUACCUCUCAGUGUAUGGGAGCAAAGUAUGUGAUUUUAAGCAUAACUGGCUGGCAAGUGAUGAAAGUGACAGAAACCAGCAUGUUUUAAAGGGCACAUGUUCUGCUUAGUUGUUUGAAGUGACUUUUGAGGGUGCAUUCAAUGAGGUACUUACCAACCUGUAGUUUGCUGUGGUCAUUUACCAUUGCUGUUGAUUUGUUAUAAAGGUCAAGGAAGGUUAUUUCAUUGUGAGUUUUUGGGGUAGAUGACUGGAAUUAAGAUGAAAAGAAGACUAAAAAAUGAACCAUUAAGUACUGAAUUUAUUUUACUCAGUGUUAAGAAAUACAGCCAUAUUUGUAUGCACUAAAGUUAGAUCAGAGCCAUUUUGUGAAAUCUCAUAUUUACAUAAACGUGUAUGUCCUUCCUGUGAUCACCGUUGCAGUAUUAAUUAUAAUUAUAAGGGAUAGCCACACUUGUUCAAGGUACCAAAACCUAGGUGUCUUCCUCUUUCACCUUACAUCUGACUGUGACUGAAGCAUGAAGCAUGGCAAAACUAUGUUGUACAUAAGGAACAUACAGAUGUGAAGUACCUCAUAACGGUCUUGCUGCCAGCCAGAACACUGAACCUGCAUUUCUUUUUUGGUCUAUCAGAUAUCCAAUCAUUGCUGGUUCCAUUUGCGUAGAGCAGAUUAGUAUCUUUUGGGGCACUUCCUCUUUUUUUUCCUUUUUUGACUAAAAUUCAAGCUAUUUCUCGUCAGCUAGGAAGGGAAAAUGCGGUUGUGGGCGUAAAAUACCUUGUAGGGACAAUUAUACUAAAUGUUUCUAUUGCCUUGGAGUCCGUCACAGUUACAGAAAUCUUUCUCUUUGCCAGUCCUUUGUCUCCAAGACCCAUAGAAGCUGGUUGCUUUCUCUUAUGAUUUAUAUUGAAAAACAUAUUCUCAGAGCUUUUGCAUGUUAAAAUGGAUUCCAUUGUUUCCAGCCCAGAUGUCUCGGAUCAGCCCAAAAAGAAGCUUAAAAAAACAAGUCUAAUGCUUCGAUUGUCCGCUCAGACCAAGACCUCUCUUUUGUGUCUCCUGAUAACUCUUUGGACUGUCUGGAUGCUUCGACUUUUUUUUCUGUAUUGCCUCUCCAGACUCUGUCAUGGCAUUGCCUCGUUAAAUAUUCUCCCACUGUUUCUACUGCAGUGGGGGAGUCGAGGUUAAUUAUUUCAGAGGAUCCUGAUGACAUUCCUCUAAUUGUUUUAGAGAGGAAGUGUCGGGAUCCCUGUAGGGGUCUGAACCUUCUCAGUUUGUGGAAGUUCUUCCAUCCAAGAAAAAGCAGAAGACUAAGCAUACUUCUCUUCCCCGUGCUGUCAGAGACCGUCAGAAGGAGUGGCAUGAAUUUUCUCAAUGGUUGUUAGCCAUAGUGUCUAUUAAGCCUCUCCAGUUCUUGCUUAUGCCUCCUUCAUUCUGCUGUUCCUCAUCAGAAAAGGCACUGAGAUUUCUCUUUAGAAGGAGGGGGAUUUGGAUUCUGAAGAGGAUUCCUUGGCUUAUUCUCAGAUUCACCACCCAGAAGAGUAGGAGUCAGAAGAAGAGGACACCAUUUCCCUGGAUUUUCCCUUGGGGGAUUUUUUCUGUAGACCUACAGUAUUAAGGAUGCUGCAGCAUUUUCAUUAUUAAGGCAAAUUGGUGUCAGACAUGCGGAAAAAAAUAUUAUAGGAUCUGAUGAGAUGUACACAAAGUCCCAAAACCGUCUGCCAUUCCUCUGAUGAUCUUCGUGUUUCACUGUUGCAGUCAUCACAUUUGGGUUAUCCAUGCCAGGGUAGCCCUCUGCCGACCCCGAAUACCAGAGACUUAGUAUUUCUGCGUUGGUUGCUGUUGCUUGACUGAUAAAAUAAAUAAUUUUACCCUGUAGGCAUCUCACUGGAAUUUGAUAAGCCUGCUAAACUCCUGCUUACUUCUAAUGCCCUCGGCAAUGAUAAAGAUAUUAAAGAUAUUAGAACAAUUGACAAGUGUGAAAAAAUGUUUGCACCUCAUCUACCUUGGCCUUUCAUGCUCUUAAUUAUCAGAUACACAUAACUAGGUAUUUCUCAUCUUUAUUGGGGGACCUUGGAAAACUUUUGUUUGAUAUGCCUGAUUCUGAAAUUGCCUUCCCCUGUUUCUGUACUAAAUUCUACUUCUUAGUAGCUAAGCAUUGUAUGAAAUUUAACUGUUAUGCAGCUGUUGUUUCCUCCAGAGCAGCUGCUACUGCUGCUGUGUUGAGAUUUUCAUAACUUGUGCUCCAGUCUCUUCCUGAGGGGAAGUCUAAAAUCCUGGCUGCACCUCUGGAUAGAGAUUGCUGUCUUUGGACCUGCUGCUGACGUUUUCAAAAAUCUUCAAGCAAGAUUAUGCAGGAUUUUAAACUGAUCUUUCUCUUUCCUGCUCCUGAAUUUCAAAGAAAUUAUCCUGCUAAAGCUGGCCUUCUUUCAUAACUAACAUAAGGCAUCCUGAAAAGGUAAAAUAUGUUGGAAAAAUGAGAUCUCAAAACACACACAAGUGGGAAUUUAAGGGAGCUAAAUCCCUGUUUCCUGACAAACAAGCCUCCUGUCUGUUUUUGCUUCCCACACCUCUUCCCCACCUUGGUCUACUUUUAACCCCUCUAUCAGAAAGACUUUCUCUAUCCUUUCUAGUCUGGGAAUAUCUUACCAAAGACCAUUUGGGUUCUUUCAGCAAUUCAAAGUGGAUACUGGAUGUCAUAUCUUUCUCCUUCCCACAGGUUAGGCAUUCCUGCUAUUCCAUCAAGCUAACUCCAUUUAAUCCCUCUGAUACAAAGAAGUAGUUACCCUUCAUUAGAAAAGGAUGGGGUUCUAUUCAGAACUUUUCCUGGUUCCAAGGAAAAGAGGGAAAAUGGAGACCUCUUUUUGUAUCUGAGAGUUUCAAAGUUCGGAAUGCAUAGUGUCCAGUCUCUGCUUCUCCUGAUUCUGCUUCAAGCUUUUUUUGGUAACCUUGGAUGUAAAGGAUGUAUGUCUUCAAAUUGUAAUCCAAACAGAUUACAGGAAACUGUUCAUUGUGUUUCACUGUUGCAGUCAUUACACUUGGGUUAUCCUGCUAGCAGGCUACCCGCA